AUGCAGCAGGGGCCACAUGCAGACUGGGCCCAGCUGCCCUUUGGAGUGCUGGACACUGUGAAGGAAGUGCUGGAAGGCAGCAAAGGGCAGAGCACCUCGCUGACAGCGCGUACAAGGCUUGUGAAUCGGCACUGGAGCCGAUGGGCGACCCAGACACUUGCCGUUCUGUGCCCCUCAGCAGAAAUGGGUGUGCUGGGCACUUUCACAGGAGUGCGGAAGCUGUCUUUGGAGAACUACAAAGAUCGCAUUCGAGAAGGAUCGUUGUCGGGUUUGAGCGACCUGCCAUGUCUGGUGGAGUUGGAUCUGUCAUACAGCAGAGUAAUGGAUGCCAAUUUGCGAGAUGUUGGUGAGCUGGACUCGCUCAAGAAUCUGUGCUUGGCUGGAUGCCGGUUGAUAACAAAUGCAGGCCUGGCACACGUGGGAAAGCUGUCAGCCCUUGUGUGCCUAAAUCUGGCAAUGUGCCACAGGAUUACCGAUGCUGGGUUGGUUCAUGUGGGAAAGUUGACAGCGCUAGAAACUAUUAGCUUGGCUGGUUGUGACCUGUCCUCUGAUGUUGGCCUGGGUCAUUUCCACAGUCUAACACGCCUCACUAGCUUGACUAUGAGUGGGUGUGGUGUAAGUGAUGGUGGCCUUGAGCACGUGGGGCAGUUUCUUGCACUCAAUGUUCUCGAUUUGGCUUCUUGUGAUUUGAUAACAGAUGCUGGCAUUCAGCAUUUGGCAAGAUUGGAACGAUUGGUGACUCUCAAUUUGGGUCUCCGUGGUCAGGUCACAGACAGAGGCUUAAAGUGCCUGGUUGGUUUGGUGGAGCUAGCCAGUGUAACUCUGAACCGUGGAGCUACUGACAAGAGCUUGGAAACUCUGGCGUCACUAACGUCGAUCACCAAGCUGAAUUUGGCAGAUUGUAUAAGGAUCACAGAUAUGGGCUUGAGGCACAUGACAACAAACAAGCUACUUGUAAACGUCGACCUGGGUCAAUGUAGGAUCACUGACAAGGUGCUCCAAGACUUGGAAAUGGCAACGAACCUCACAAGCCUUCGAUUUACAGCCCACAAAAUAUCAGAAAAGGGUUGGGAACACAUUGGCAUGAUGGAGAAACUAAAAGCUCUGGAAGUUGGAUAUUAUCAAGGUUGCACAGAUGAUGGCCUGAAGCGUGUGCAGAAGUGGUCAUCACUCAUGGACCUGCGCCUCAGUUGUUGUUUAAAUCUGACAGAUGAGGGCAUCAAGCAUGUGGCAAGGUCUGCAAUGCUCACCCGCCUAGAGCUGUUUGGUUGUGAGAUGAUCACUGAUGAGGCGCUGAAGAGCAUUGGAAAGCAAGUGUCCCUCAAGUCUCUGUUGUUAUCUUUCUGUGCACAGGUCACAGAUGUGGGCUUGGAAGGCCUUGAGAGGUUGCCUUCCCUUGUGGAUUUGAAACUGAGGGGUCACCGGCUGACCAUGAAAAGGGCAGCGUCUGUGGGGAAGCUGAGUACACUCACCCACUUGGAAGUGUCGAGCUCGCAAGGCCCGCUCACAGAUGAAGUAUUGAAGAAUAUAGGCAACCUGGUGGGGCUGGAGAGUUUGCGCUUGAGCGGGUGCCAGCAAUUGACAAAUGAUGGCCUCAGAGCUUUGGAGGGGCUGACGGCCCUCAAGGAAUUGCACCUGUGUUCUUGUGAUCAGGUGACAAACGCGGGCUUGAUGCAGGUUGGAAAAUUGGCUAGACUGAAGAAAUUGGUGAUAUGUUGUCCACACUUGAGCGACGAGGGCCUUAUUCAUUUAGAGUCACUGUGGGCUCUGUCCGAACUGGAAGUUGCCAGUUGCUGCCUCGUUACGAAUCAGGGCCUGGGACGUUUCAGGGAUGCGGGUGUGAAAUGGCGCACGCAUUGUUGA